AUGAGUGCACAAUAUGUAAAUAACCACCGGCUGACGACUGCCAAUGUUCAUCGACUGGAAGGUAAGACCGAGAAGCUGACCCGAUUGUCACGCUACGCAGAGCCAGAUGUGGAGGAAGAUGAUCUGUUUGGUGAAGAGGCAGGCGAUCGCCUCGGGAAAGGGAUCAAAAAGCAGCCGGUUCGGCCAGACACAUUUUCGCAGUCGUCGCCUUCGAGAUCUGCCUCAGAUUAUGCCGAAAGUGACACCGAUCUUACUGACUUUGCUGAAGGCCUGGAGCUAGACAACGAUCUUGAUCUCAUGGCCAAAUUCGAUGCUGUCAAGAGAGAGGCUCAGAAGAGGGCGCAGUUCGACGACUCGCAACGGGAAGAAGCCCAGAGGCCUUUUGUGGACAAAGAAGAGUCCAAUUGGGAUGUUUUUUACUACAAGGCGGAUGACGGCUCGUUCAAACAAGUUGAUGAUCUGAUGUUGAACGAUCCAAGGCGAUUCCACAAAUCUGUUGUGAUCAACUCAACAACGCCGAAGUUGCGUUCCAGUCAAUCUAGUUACCGAUUAUCCUCUCCAACAAAAGACCAACAGCUGCGGCUAAGAGCAAAGCAAUCCAUGCCGAAUUUCCAGGAAAGGACAUCUCCCUCGCGGCUGCGGAAGUCGUCUUCAUCUUUGUUCGAUUUCCGAUCAUCUACACGCAAAUACCCGCUUCUCGUUGAUGAAGACGGAAUCGGCACAUUAGAGGUUCCACAGUUUCGCAAAUCGGUUCGUCACCGUGUGUCGUUCCAGGAUCGCGAUGGAUUCGAAGAUGAUACGAUAACGGUUCACACGCAAGUUAGACCACCGCACGCCUCGCGCCCUGACCUCUCGCGUUUCCAGGAAACCGGUUAUCAAACGCUGAGACCACAGUCUUCCAAGAAAUUUUCGAAGAUUCGGCUGAUUCGCCAGCUGAAUCAACCUAGCGUCGAUACCCCUAAGGCAGCCUCAGGCAUGCACUACAACCCCGUGUUACAGACAUGGGAGGGUAAUGAGGCCGAAUUGCGACGUUUUGAUUCAAUACGACCCGAUAUGCGCACAAUUCGGAACACUAAAACGCGAGGCCAGCAGAAACCGCCUCAGAAUGUCGGCGGAAUGCGGUUUGACCAGCAGAACCUGCGGUGGGUGCAAGAUGGCGCUUACCAGGACGAUCCUUUCGAAGGAAUAGAUGAUAUACCUGAAGCUGGUGAAAGACAAUGGAGUCAGACGACAACAGCCUCAUCCGCGGUGCUCGACCCUGAGGACCCGUUCCUACAAUCUGUACAAAGUGCAAACAACUGUUUCAGGAUCAAUAGCGAGCAACUGCGGUCGUUUGCCAAUGAGGAGCAUAAGUGGAUCAAGAAGGUGCAGAAUUGGUUUCCUGUGGGCUCCGAAGAUGAUUCCUAUUUAUAUGAGCUGCGGAAUUUUGUUAUUCAGAGCCAAAGGAAGUAG